AAGUCUUCCUGUUUCGGGAAAGUCGCUGUGUGGGCCGAAGCGCUUCAUGUUUGCAGAAUAUUCUCCACGUAUUUACAAGACAGGACUCCAGUGAAGCGACACAGCUCUUACAGUCUGUUCUUAGAGAUUAUGACACCUCGCAGGUUUGUCGCAGGGCUGCAGAUAAUCACUGACACUGACUAACCUAACCCCACUAACUGGUUGUCUUCUUGUGGGACGAAGCUGUUGAGAACCCACGCAGACAGGAGAGAAUGCAAACUCAAUCACAAGGGCCCUGGCCAGAUGGUGGAUUCAAACCUAGGACAUUCUUCCUGUGCGAUGAUGAACUGUUGUGGUCUGCUAACAUUCGAGAAAGAACCAGUUCCUCUGAAGAGCGUUGAGGUGGAGCUGGAGGUGAGGGACCAUGUGGCUACAGUGGUCUCCACUCUGAACUACGAGAACAAGGAGGACAAACCAUUAGAGGCUGUUUUUGUCUUCCCUCUGCCUGGAGAUGCUGCUGUCUGUCAUUUCAGUGCUCAGAUUGGACAGACACAGAUUGUAGCUGAGGUGAAGGAGAAACAGAAGGCUCGUGAGGAGUAUGAUGAUGCUCUGAGCUCCGGUCAGCAGGCCUUCCUAUUGGAGGAGAGUGAUGGGAGUCCAGAUAUAUUCUCUCUGAGUGUGGGCAGUCUGCCUCCAGCAGAGAGCGCCUCCAUCAGGUUGGAGUACGUCACUGAGCUGGCUGUGCAGGCUGAUGAUGGUCUGAGGUUCUGUCUGCCUGCUGUGCUCAACCCUCGAUACCAACCUCAGGGUAGUGAAGGUGCAGGUGUCCAGGUGACUUCUGUUCCAGUCUCUCUGGUGCCCUACAGUCUGUCUUUUUCUGCCCGAGUGUCCUCUCCUCGUCCAAUCUCUAAAGUAGAGUCCAACUGCUCCCUGGACCCUCUGCAGUACCUCAACACUGAUCAAACCCAGGCCACGGUCAAGCUGGCUGCAGGACACAAGUUUGACAGAGAUGUUGAACUGCUGAUUUAUUACAAAGACGCCCACCAGCCCACUGCUGUGGUGGAGGCAGGACAGGCCUCUGCUGAGCUGGGUUCUCUGAUGGGUGAUCCAGUGGUGAUGGUGAGUCUGUACCCUGAGUUCACCCAGUCUGUGAUGUCUUCAAUGGCUUCAUGUGGAGAGUUUGUGUUCUUAGUGGAUCGAUCUGGAAGUAUGGACUAUGCUACCAAUAACACUGAGCAGCGGGAAUCUCGGAUCAGCAGUGCCAGGGACACUCUGCUGCUCCUGUUGAAGAGCUUACCAAUGGGCUGCUAUUUCAACAUUUACAGUUUUGGGUCCAGAUAUGAACACAUCUUUUCUAAGAGUGUGGAGUACAGCCAGAAGACCAUGGAGGAGGCUCUGAAGAAAGUUAAGGAGAUGGAGGCUGAUCUUGGAGGAACAGAGAUCCUGGAGCCCCUCAAACAUAUUUACAGCCAACCCUGCAUUCAAAAUCAGCCCAGACAGCUGUUUGUCUUUACUGAUGGAGAGGUGGGGAACACCAAAGAAGUGAUCGAUCUGGUGAAGAAGAACUCAGGCUCCCACAGGUGUUUCUCUUUUGGGAUUGGGGAAGGAGCCAGCUCUGCUCUCAUUAAUGGGAUGGCCAAGGAAGGAGGAGGUCACGCUCAGUUUAUCACAGGGACUGACAGGAUGCAACCAAAAGUGAUGCAGUCGCUGCGAUUUGCUCUGCAGCCAGCUGUGGUCGACAUCUCAGUCACAUGGGAUUUACCAAAGGAAGUGUCUGUCACUGUCCUCUCUCCACCGAUCACAACACUUUUCCAGGGUCAGAGGUCACUGAUUUAUGCCCAGCUCACUGGACAGAGCGCAGAGGCAGCAGAGGGCUGUGUGACGCUGAAGUACAGCCUGGCAGGUCAUCCCUCUGAGAACCAGCUGCACUUCAGUCUCAGACCUGCAGUGGACGCUGGGUACAACAUGUUUAAUGUAGAGCACAGUGCUCUGUGGGUCAUGACCAUGAAUUGGCUAACAGUCCACAGGUUGGGUGCUCGGACUCUGAUUCGCUCCCUGGAGAUGGAUGAGAGAGAGAACAGAGGACAGCAAGAUGGAGGAGUGAAGGAGAAGGUGGUGCAACUCAGUGUCCAAUCAGGAGUGAGCAGUUCUUUCACUGCCUUCAUUGCUGUCAACAAAGACAACGGAGAGGCGAUCCAAGGACCUCUUGUCCAGAGAAAUAUUCCAACAGCCCUGGCAAUGGAUUGCUUUUUAUCAUCAGCAACAUAUGGAACAUGCAAAAUGAAGAAGAGUGCUCCAUUGCCCAUAAUUGGUACCUUCCAGAAGUUUAGUCGGUGGGUUGGUGAUCGUCUGCAUAAAAAACAUUUUUCCUCACUAGCCCAGCACGGUGCUAUGGCUUCACAAGAUUUUCCAGCUGCUGUGCCUGAGCAGCCACCCAGAGACCCUUUGCUGCAGUUAGUCUCCCUGCAGGAGGCGUCUGGCUGCUGGCUGCUUGAUCCAGCUCUGGCUGCUGCAGUGGGAAAGACCGACGAGGAGAUGGAAAAGUCGAAGCCUGAAAAGGCCAGCAGUGAAGUGUGGGCCACCAUUCUGGCUCUGAUCUGGCUUCAUGGUUUCAAGAUGGAUGCAAAGGACGAGUGGGAGCUUCUGGCUGUGAAGGCUGCCUCAUGGCUCCAAGCUCACAAAGCACCGUUUGUGUCAGAGUGUGUGGAUGCUGGAAAUGUCCUGCUGGGUUGCAGCGUGAAGAAAGAAGCUCUGGGACUCUGAGGGUUUUCUUAAAGUGACCUCACCUUCAGCACUGUUAAGCAGAAGGAUACUGACUUACACUAUACUGUGUUGCUUUCUUUAGUCUGACCCUUUAAUUGUUAUAAAAUCAUUAUUUUCCUUGAAUCCAAAUUGGUAUUUAACAUUGGAUUAAACACUGUAACACGUGUCUGCAGAAUUAUCUGAAUACUCCAAAUACACUUUCUGACAUCUACUGUAGAAGCUCAAUCAGAAGGUGUGUUCAUUCUUUCUCUUCCACUAGAUGUGAUUGACUUGUUUCAUUGUCACUAACAUAACCUCCUGUCAAAUGUUGCUGUCAACCUCCUGUCAAAGAAAACACAUGAUUUGGUAACACAGACUUGGUUCUCUGCAUUAAAGUCUUCAAUUCAA